AUGGCACGACUUCUGGAUACAUAUGACUUACUCUCGUUUGACUGCUACGGUACCCUCGUCGACUGGGAAGGCGGGAUAAUCCAAGGAGUAAAGGCAUUAAUUGAUCGCUUAGACAAGCUAGAUCCAUUGAGGGACGACAAAACUGCAAUCUUUGGGCGUUAUAUGUAUCACGAGGGCCGGAUUCAGAAAGCUUUCCCAACCAUGAAAUACGCAUCCAUCUUAACCAAGGUGUAUGAAGAGUUGGCGUCUGAGUGGGGACUCGGGGAAACGGUCGUGGAAGGUGAGAGUGCAGCUUUUGGAGCGAGUAUUGGAUCCUGGCCAGUGUUUCCCGACACUCUCGCAGCACUACGCGAACUUCAGAAACAUUUUAAGCUGGUCAUCUUGUCCAACGUUGACAGAGAAUCGUUCAGCAAGACGCUUGCUGGCCCUCUUGCUGGUUUCAAAUUCGAUGCUGUCUACAUUGCUGAAGAAAUCGGGUCUUACAAGCCCAAUCUGAACAACUUUCAGUAUCUCGUACACGGUUGCGAAAAGAACCUUCAAGUUCCGAAGGAGAAGAUCUUACAUACCGCAUACGCUUUGAAUCAUGACCUGGUUCCAGCCCACGGCUUGGGGCUGAGUACUUGUUGGAUUGAGAGAAAGCCAAAUGCGAUGGGGGGCGAAUUAUCACUAGUUCAGGGUCAGCUAUCACUAGACUUUCAGUUCAGAUCCAUGGAAGAUAUGGCGGAUGCAGCCCACGCGGACUUUAAUUAG